AUGGGGAGAUUAACAGUGUCCGCUCCAGGCAAAGUGAUUUUACAUGGAGAACAUGCAGUUGUUUACGGAAAGAAAGCACUAGCAGCAAGUCUGGAUCUCCGUACGUAUCUGAUCCUGACCCAAAGGGCAGACAACCUGAUUGACCUUCAUCUUCCUGACAUUGAAAUUAGGUUGUCUUUACAACGUGAUAUCUACUCAAAAGGAAAUGAUAUAAAAAAUGUAGACAUUACCAAGCCAAUUCCUGCCUCAGAUGAAAUCAUAGAAACACUGACAAAAUCUUCCGGUUUAGAUGCGGAUGCCUCGAGGUCACAAGUUUUAGCUGUGGCAUCCUUUCUGUAUCUUUUUACAGAAAUAUCUAGAGCAAGCAAGUGCCCACUUCCUGCCAUAGAUGUAAGAGUACAGUCAGAGCUUCCUAUUGGAGCUGGACUGGGAUCCUCAGCAAGUUAUUCGGUUUGUUUAGCAGCUGGACUGUUACAACUAGGAAACCAUAUUCACCAAUCAAAACCUAGUUCAAAUACUGAAGGCUACCAGUUAGAUCAGUCUUCCUGGUCACAUGAUGAAACUGAACUCAUCAAUAAAUGGGCAUUUUUAAGUGAAAAAAUUAUGCAUGGAAACCCGUCAGGAGUGGACAACUCUGUCACAACCUUUGGAGGUGCUAUAGAAUUUAAGAAAGGAAAAAUCGACAAAUUAUCCCAAAUGCCAGAAACCAGAAUUUUGUUGGUGAACACAAAAGUGCAGAGAAAUACCAAAACAUUAAUGGCUCAUGUCCGAACAAAGUAUGAAAAGUUUGGGGCUGUCAUCGGACCAGUAAUGGAGGCCAUAGAUGCUGUAACAACAAGGAGCAUCGACACAUAUUGUAAUCUACUGAACAAUGAUCUUCCUUCAUCUUCACUUUAUAAGGAACUGGAGGAACUUAUAGACAUCAACCAGUGCCUGUUAAGAACACUAGGGGUUAGUCAACCUAAACUGGAGCAAGUAUGUGAGAUCACCGGAGCCAGUGGUCUCCAUGCAAAAUUGACGGGUGCUGGAGGUGGAGGAUGUGCAUUUUGUCUUCUUCGUCCAGGAACUCCUAAGGCUGUUGUUAGGGAAGUGAUGUCACAGCUUAAAUCAGAAGGAUUUGGAUGUUGGGAAACAAAUAUCUGUGGACAAGGUGUCAUUAGGCAUUGGACUCAUAGUGAAAAUUAUAACAUUCCAUCUGGAUUUCUUCCGGAAUAAACACUACCAAAGAAUUUAUUUUUUUUUGUAAGGAAAGAUGUGAACUAGAAGUGGAAGGGGUGCAUGAUUUAUAAAAUUUAUAGAACAAGAUAAAAAUGAAUAUUAA